AUGGAGACCUCUACGAGCACUUCUGCUGCUCCAGCAAUUCCUCCCGUUCCCUCCACACCUCCAAUUCCGCGACAGACACACCAGCAAGCUCGCCGAAAGAACAUUGCCUCGUCUACCUCCACGCCGUCCCUAUCACGAAGCCUUCCCUCCUCCCACGGCGCAGCCAUCUCGCCCGCCUCUCCCGAAGUCAUCUCGUCCCUCAUUACGAGCCUGUCCAUUAUCUCGAAACCAGCCAACUCCCACUUCGACAGCCCCUUUGGCACGUCACCCGACAAUCUCGGCUCCGUCCCUCAAUCACCAACCGGCGGCUCGUUUGGCGUCGACUACGGUGCUUUUGUCAACGCCGCCGAAGCUGACGCUGUCGACGAAAGCACACCCUUAGACGAGCUUGCCGCAAGUCCUCCUGUCAUUCGAACCUCCAAGCCCCCGAGCGGGUUCUCGCCACUUACCGCGCCUAAAUCUCCUGCCAAGGACCCGUCAAACGCGGGCGGCCUGAAGUCGCUGCUGUCUGGCCGUAGCAGCUCCCGCCCAUCGUCCAAGGGCUCCUUGGCGUCACGGGAUGCGGAUGCCCAGAGCAUAGGCAACGUCUCCAUUGAGCGCGGUGCCGUGUCGCCCGUUCCUGAGCUACGGCGCCGGUCGUCACACGAUAGCUGGGGCAAGAAGUCGGGGCGCGCCCAAAAAGGCCUCAUGUAUAUGAGCAGUAAAGAGCGCCUCCGCGAAAAGGAGGCUGAGAAGAAGCGCACCAGCAUUGGCGGUGCCAGUGAUCGGAUGAGCAUCAACAGCGGCGCCGCGUCGCGGGCUGAUCCAUUUUUGGCCGAAACCCCGAUCAGCGAAGAAACACACCCCGACUCGCCUAACAACAGAGAUGCUUCCCGCCCGUCCCUCGACAAUGGCGCACCAAGCCCACGGCCCAUCCCGGCUCGCGAUUCCAGUCUACACAAAACCGGACCCAAUGCCAGCAAGCGGUCAUCGCGGCGUUCCUCCAAGCAAAAGCAGGACCCAUCAGCGAACAGCACCAUUCACGAACUUGAUGAGCACCACUUUAGCAAAUUUUCGGAUGUUGGACAACGCCCUGAGCUCGUGAGGAGAAAAACACAAGAGCAGCAAAGGCAACAGCAGCAGCAGCAACCGUCUCAGUCUCAGACGCAGUACCCCUACUACUCCUCGCAAUCUGAUUCAAAGGGCGCAUCGUCACAUUACGCAAAAGAGCCAACGCGGGGAAGAGGCGAGAGUGGCGAGGACACAGCUCUGGCGAAGCAGCCGAGCGGUAGCCAACGGCCGGGCGAGUCCAGUUCGUUUCCUUUCGCCUCUAAUAAUCUCGGCUCCGAAACGGCCUCUCCUGACGAAGACAUGGAGGAUGGCGCGCCCUUCCCGGCGGUGGCCCAGGGCAGGCGGCGCGAUCGCAGCCUGGAUGGCCGCCGCCGCUCCGGUCGGAAUAGCACUGACCAGACCGAUCUGAAGCGGACUGGUUCGAAGCUGAAGAGACUGUCUGGCCCGCUCGGUAGAGAUGACAAGUCAAUGCUCUCUGUGAUCGAGGGUAGCCGGAGUGGAAGAACGUCUGCCGAGGAUACUCACGUCGUCUACGAGCGGCCAGAAAGCGCAGACAGUGUUGAUGAUGCCGUCGAGGCAUAUCUCUGCUCGCCAAGAUUAUCCCAGAAGAUUCGUCACCCGCAGACGGGCCGUAUCAUUUCCUUCUCAGAGGUUGGUGACAGUGAGGGCUCCGCCGUCUUCUGCUGCGUCGGCAUGGGCCUGACACGGUACAUCAUGGCCUUCUAUGACGAGCUUGCUUUGACACUCAAGCUACGCCUCAUCACGCCAGAUCGACCAGGUGUUGGUGACAGUGAGCCUUAUGCGGACGGCACUGCCACCCCAUUGAGCUGGCCUGAUGAUGUGUACGCCAUCUGCCAGGCUCUAAAAAUCACCAAGUUCUCGAUUCUGGCCCACUCGGCGGGUGCCAUAUAUGCUCUGGCGACAGCUCUCCGGAUGCCUCAGCAUAUCCGUGGUCGGAUUCACCUCCUCGCGCCGUGGAUUCCUCCCUCUCAAAUGUCCGUGUUCGGCUCUUCAGCACAAACACCCCUGCCUCCAACGAAUGCCAUCCCGACGUCUCAGCGUAUUUUGCGCGCCCUGCCUACUCCCUUCCUCAAAGCGGCCAACUCCAGCUUCAUGUCUGCCACGAGCAGCUCCAUCACCUCGAGCCUCCCCAAGACGCCGAAGCGGAAGCGCAAGUCGAGCGCCAACCUUGCCAAGGAGCGCGAAAAGGACGCGCAUAAGAACAACCCGCUUCCCGCUGACAACAAGGAGAAUAUACUGGCCGCACGGCGGGGUGCGGGUGACGCGUCCGGCUCGUCCCCACCAAAAGAGUUCACCUCAAUCGAAGAAAUGGACCGGCUGCGGCUGCAUGGCGCCUCUCCAGGCGCCGCUGCAGGCUCGGCAGGUCUGGUGCACAGAAAGUCGGCAUCCGGCGCGUCCGGUGCGGCUGCGAUGAUGUCGGCACGCGAGGCGCGCGAGGCAGCAGUGUUGGCUGCUGCCGCCGAUGCGAUUGCUGACCGCGAGCGGCAGGCUACGUACGACUCGCGUCUGACCCACGCCAUCUGGGACCUCGCCACGACAGGUGCCAACCCAGCCGUGGACCUGCUUGUCUGUCUCGAGCGGCGCCACACGAUCGGCUUCCGCUACGUGGACAUUACGCGCCCCGUCAUUAUCCACCACGGUUCGCGCGACACGCGUGUCCCCGUUGAGAACGUGCGCUGGCUCGGCAAGACCAUGCGCCGUUGCGAGGUGCGUGUGCUGGAGGGCGAGGGCCACGGCCUGAUGGCAAGCGCCGCUGUGAUGGGUGGUGUGCUUAUGGAAAUCGCCAAGGAGUGGGAGGACUGGGGCCGGCUGACGGGCUCGACGCGCACUCGCGAUGGUGUGCGUGAAGAGCGCGGCCGCCGCAACACCAUUGGUCUGGCCCGGUAA